UCUUACUUAAUGUUCCUAAUAAAGUGCUCGGUGUGCUCCAUCAUGCCAUUUGGAUGCCUUGUCCCGCGGGAGAGCGGGAAGUCGAGCAACCUGUCGGACAUUACAGAUAAAUACGAGCUUGGACAGAUUCUCAAGGCGAAGGAGUUCUGUGAGCUGUGUCUGGCCCGGGAGCGGCAGUCGGGCCAGCUCUUCAUCUGCAAGAAGUUCCUGAAGAAAGACGGCAGGAAAGUGCGGCGUGCAGCGAAGAACGAAAUUCUGAUCCUGCAAAAGCUCAGCCAUCCUAACAUAUUGCAGCUGAUGGACACAUACGAAACAAGGAAGGAAUACUUCAUCAUUCAGGAGAUUGCCACUGGAGGGGAUCUGUUUGACUGGAUCCUGGAUCAGGGCAGCUACACAGAGAGAGAUGCUGCUAACGUUAUCCGCCAGGUCCUGGAGGCCGUGGCCUACCUGCACUCCCUCAACAUCGUCCACAGGAAUUUAAAGCUGGAGAAUCUGAUGUACUACACCGAGAAUAACCAGAGUAAAGUGGUGCUGCGGGACUUCUACCUGUCCACAUUUGAGAAUGGCUCUAUCACUGAGCCCUGUGGCACACCAGAGUACCUGGCUCCAGAGGUUGUCACGCGCCAUCGUUACGGGCGGCCAGUGGACUGCUGGGCGGUGGGAGUUAUCAUGUACAUACUUCUUUCGGGAAACCCGCCGUUCUUCGACGAGGCAGAGGAAGAGAACACGGACCUGCACCACCGGAUCAUCUUCUGCCGCAUCGCCGCGGGCGAGUUUGAGUUCGACUCCCCCUACUGGGACGACAUCUCCGCUGCAGCCAAAGCGCUGGUGUGUAGGCUCAUGGAGGUCGACCAGAUGCUGAGAAUCACAGCUCCUGAAGCUCUGGCCCAUGAGUGGAUGACAGGGCAGGUAGCCUCAGAGAGGAACCUGAAGGACGUGGUGUGUGCACAGUUUGAGAGGAACUUCGCCAGGUCCAAAUGGAGGAAAGCCCUCUGCGUCACCACCUUCAUGCAGCGCCUCCGCACCCAGGACUCAGAGCCCAGGUCCCCGGGAAGGGAGGGGGGCGAGAGGGGGUGCGCGGAGCCCGAGGGGGCAGGGAAGGAGAGCGUGCGGGGCGCAGACGGAGAGGUCGGAGAGAUGAGGAGCAGAAGCCAGCACGGGGCAGCGCAGCAGCAGGGGAGAGAGGGCGGGGGGAGGGGCGAGCCCGUCUCCGGGUGCCAGAUUCCGGCGGGCGCUGCAGAGGGGAGGGCGGAGCGUGGAAAUGGGGGCAGCGGGGGAGGGAGAGACAAUCAAAAUUGCCAAACCAUUUGCCCUCCCCUCCCCACAACUGCCCGACCCUCCCCACCUCCCCACCUGCAGACCGUCUCUCAGGAAGGACAGGAUGGCCUGGGGGAUGUUGUUAGGCCAUGCAGAGGAGCACUGUCUCCCAGCGGAGGACAGUCAGGCAGCGGACUUUGA